GCUAUGAAUUACAAAGUGAAAGUCUACCGUUUAGAUACUAUCAAUUCAUGCUUCAAAGAUGCUAUAAAAACACUAGCUAGCCCUAAUGCUUUAAGAACAGGAGGCGGACCUCAUGAUUCACCUUACAUCAUCAAUGCAAUCAAAGUUGAUAAAUUAUUAAAUGAAGAAGUGCUAGUUUCCGUUGCUGAAAACGGAGAAAUAUGUAUCUGGCGAACCGAACAUCUUGACGAGCCACCUAUGAUCUUCAAUAAUAAUGGCGUAUCAACCUGGGGCAUUGCUCUCCACAGUGAACAAGGACUUUUAGCAGUCUCCGCUAACAACUUCAAAAUCACUGUUUACAACAUGCUAGAAUUAACAAAAGAGAAACCUGUGUUUGGAGCGGCAUCAAUAGCAGUCAAAUACUGGUUAAAAGACACGGAUAAAAUCGAAUUUGAAGGGCAUAACCAUAAUAUCCCAAAUAUCGAUUUUAAUGCAACAGGUAGAUACAUCGCUAGUGCCUCCAUUGAUUCAACAUGUAAAGUCUGGGAUUUGUACAGAAGACAGCUUGUUUCAUCUACCAAGGUA